CUCUCUCUGUAAAUCUUGUGUGAUAAUACCAUUGUAUAUACAAUGAUAAUACUUAUCAACUUGAACCCUUGAACGUAAAAUAAUACAGUCAGAUAAACGUUUACAUAUUUACAAGUAUAGGUAGACAUUUGUGCAGACCAGAUGGAUGUAAACGAAAAAUUUAAACUAGUGCUUCCCUAUGUGAAAGUAAAUGUUUGGGAAGACUAUGCAGAGUUAGCGACUACAUACAACCCCGUGAAUUUAGGCAUGGGGUAUCCUGAUUUUUUACCACCUCAUCACAUCAUCGAUGCUUUAACUGAGGUUCUAAGCUCAGAGGAUGUUAUGUUACAACAAUACACGAGAGCCGAGGGGCAUCCCCGAUUAGUGAAAGCGUUAGCCAAAAUGUAUUCCCCAUCAGUGAAUAGAUUUAUUGAUCCUCUUGAAGAAAUAAUAACAUUCGCCGGUGCAUUUGGAGCCCUUUACUGCACUAUAAUGGGGCAUAUCCAACAAGGGGAUGAGGUCAUUAUAAUAGAACCUUUUUUCGAUUGCUAUCAAUCCAUGGUUAUUGCAGCCGGUGGUACUCCUAAAUACAUCCCAUUGCGCUUUCAAGACGGGGAUGCAACGCAAUCAAGUGACUGGGUUCUUGAUUUCAAAGAACUAGAUGGCCUCUUUAAUAGUAAAACGAAAGCUUUUAUUCUAAACACACCGCACAAUCCAUUCGGGAAAGUAUUUAAUAAAACAGAGCUGUUGUACAUUGCACAUCUUUGUCAGAAAUGGAAUGUCAUGUGCAUUGCAGAUGAAGUAUAUGAAUGGUUGGUUUAUGAACCAAAACGACAUAUUAAAAUGGCAUCGUUACCGGGAAUGUGGGAGAGAACUAUAAGUAUAGGAUCGGCAGGGAAGACACACUGCAUCACAGGAUUGAAAGUAGGAUGGGCUAUUGGACCAAAACAUCUUUUAAUAAACUUACAAAGUGGUCCAAAGUUGCCCUCUUCUCCCUUUGCGCAGGAAGCCAUUGCUAUCGGCAUCGAAAAGGAUUUAGCGAGGUUUGGUCAAGAUGACUGCUUCCAGCAAUUGUUAAGAAAAAGUCUCAAACUAAAAACUGAUUACAUGGUAGAAGUUUUACGUGAAAUUGUCAUGGAGCCUAUUGUACCUGACGCUGGUAUUUUCUUGGUCGCUGAUUGGGCAUCGUUAGAGGCAAAAGUCGAUUUCUCGAGUGAAACGGGCACUUGCAAAGAUCUGCAGUUUACAAAGUGGUUUAUAAAAAAUGUUGGAGUCCAGAUGAUUCCUGUUAGUAUUUUUUAUAGUGAUGCAAACAAAGGAUUGGGCCAGAAUCUCGUAAGGCUUUGCUAUAUCAAGAAAGACGAAUGUCUCCAGAAAGCAGCAAACGUUUUUCGAGAAUGGAAGACACGAAAGUCUGUUUAGACUCAACUUUAUGUUAUUAAGGAACCGUUAUAAAUACUAUUGAGUUAAACAUAGUGAAGAAGAUCUUCCUAGAUAGACUCAAUGUUGUGCUGACAACUUUUCAACUAAAAUCAGUCAUCUGCGCAUAUCCCGCUGUAGCCUUCUUACGUAUAUUAUCAGAUUAUCAGCUUAGAUCACCACCACGUCGCUGUAGGAGUUUAAAUAGGAUUAUCUUUCUGUGUUCUGAAAUAGUCCCAUUGACAAUACAUGUACAAAACACAGUUAUCUUUUUAUUAUACAUUACUUACUUGUAAAAUAAAAAAAACAAUGCGAAA